UUCAUGCACGCGCAAGUCACGCGCAAGUCUUGGACUUUGGAAGGUGCUUUACGAACCAAGAAGCCAAAUCGAUUCGACAGAGAAGGCCGUUGCGCUCGAAGAUCAACCAAUCCAACGCAGUUCGAAGCUAAAAAAUGGUGAGAGGAAUUCGAAGGCCGCGAUCGAACGGGAUGUUGCCGCUGCUGGCACUUCACACCUUCAGUGAGUAUUACAGGCUCGACCGGAAACCACCCAUCACCGCCGGACUCAUCGCCGCCAACUCUCUCAUCUACUUACACCCAGAUUUUCUUGACCCCAUUCUUCCUUCCAUUGAAGAAGUCAGGUUCAAUCCCCACCUCAUCCUUAAGUAUGGGGACUUGAAGCGGUUCUUCUUGUCGCCGUUCUUCCACGCCGGAGAGUCUCACUUGGUUUACAACAUGCUCUCCCUGUUAUGGAAGGGGAUUCCGUUAGAAUCUUCAAUGGAUAGUGCUGAAUUUGCAUCCAUGGUUGCUGUCCUGCUGGGUAUGUCCCAAGGAAUGUCACUGCUGAUUUCCAAGUCCCUACUAAUGUUCUUCGACUAUGACUGGUCUUUCUACUCUGAAUACUCUGUCGGGUUUUCUGGGGUUCUCUUUGCCAUGAAGGUCGUGCUCAAUUCACAGACUGAGAACAGUUAUGUGUAUGGAAUUCCAAUACCGUCCCAUUAUGCUGUGUGGGCAGAAUUGGCUUUUGCCCAAAUGCUGGUACCUGGUGUCUCUUUUGUUGGCCAUUUGAGUGGAAUACUUGCCGGUCUUGUGUAUGUCUGGCUGAGGGGUUCGUAUAAUGGUUCAGACCCACUUACUGCUAUCUUCAGAGGUGUUUUUGGUGUGCUGAAAUGGCCUCUGAGGUUUUUACAGCGCUGGUUUCCGCGGAGGCAAGUAUCCGGUAGAGGACCUGUUGGUUGGAGUCAAAGAGGAAUGUCUGUAUCUGGUUUCUGGAGGUGCCAUGCUUGUACGUAUGAGAAUUCUGCUUGGCUAGAUGUAUGUGAAAUGUGUUCGACAAAUAGGAGAGGGGAUGGCUAUGGCAGUGGCAUGGGUUCACCUCGGUCACCACAUUAUUCUGGUCACCUUACUUUGGAAGAGUUAAGACGGCGGAGGUUGGAAAGAUUUAGUAGAUGAUAGGGGACUCAUGAGGCUUGUUACAGAUGGUGUUGGCAAUGCAGGGCAUGUAAAUUCAAGUACCUCUUCUGCCCCGUCUUCCCGAGUUGGCGAGUGGGCGAGUGGGCAAGUGGGGCGCGUGGAUUGCAGAAAAGGAUUGCAGUGGAGAUGAUGGAAGUGAAAAUCUCCAAAGAAGGCAUUCUCAAAUAAGAAAUCUGCUCUUCUGCAGCUUGUGGAGGGAAGUCUAGUUCCCAAAUCGAUUAUUGUCUGUAACAAGAUUGAGACAUGCAUAAAAGUUGAGAAUAUAUUAACGCGUUUUGACAGAAGUGGAACUCGCGUUCGAGUUCUACCAUUCCACUCUGCGUUGGCUCAAGGAAGGCUCGCAAAUGUGGAGGAGUUCACCAACUCUAAUUCAAAGGAAGUCUCACAGUUUCUGGUUUGCACUGAUAGAGCACCGCGUGGAAUUGACUUUUCGGUGUGGAUCAUGUUAUACUCUUCGACAUCCCUCGCGAUACAAGUAUGUGCGACGUGUAGGAAGAACAGCCAGAGCUGCUGUAGGAAUAGGGAAGGCAUUCAUCUUUGUGAUGUUGAAACAAGUCUCCCUUGCCGGAAAGAUAAUGGAAAGAAACCGAGGUCACCCGGUGCAUGAUGUACCAGCUGCGUAUGAGCUUCUGUACUAACGGGGUUUUGCCUGCUUGUAAAACCUGAGUUAGAAUUGCCACAAGAACCAACACCUUAUAUUUUUCUCUCACAAAAGUUCUUCAACAUCAAGUGAAGUACAACGCUGGCCUGGGGAAAAAUGACCGGCCAUUUUCUUAAUAUACACUUUUUCAAUCUUUAAAUGA